GGAACGCGCACGUCCCGGAGCCCGCGCCGGUGCAGCACGGUGGCCGCGCACGCUGGGCAGCCACGGUUGGCGUCGCACGUCGCGGGGUUCUGAGACGCCGGACCCAUGUGGAAGCUGCUCCCGGCCGCAGGUGCGGCUCCAGGAGAACCAUGCCGACUUUUGGCUGGCGUAGAAUACAUUGUUGGGAGGAAAAACUGUGCCAUUCUAAUCGAAAAUGAUCAGUCAAUCAGCCGAAAUCAUGCUGUGUUAACAGUAAACUUUCCUGUAACCAGUUUGAGUCAAACAGAUGAAAUUCCUACAUUAACAAUAAAAGAUAAUUCUAAGUAUGGAACCUUUGUUAAUGAAGAAAAAAUGCAGACUGGUCUUUCCUGCACUUUGAAGACAGGAGAUAGAGUUACCUUUGGGGUGUUUGAAAGUAAAUUCAGAGUAGAAUACGAGCCUUUGGUUGUUUGUUCUUCUUGUUUAGAUGUCUCUGGGAAAACAGUUUUAAACCAAGCUAUCUUACAGCUUGGAGGACUUACUGCAAACAACUGGACAGAAGAAUGUACUCACCUUGUCAUGUCGUCAGUUAAAGUCACCAUUAAAACUAUAUGUGCACUCAUUUGUGGACGUCCAAUUGUAAAGCCAGAAUACUUUUCUGAAUUUCUCAAAGCAGUUGAGUCUAAGAAACAGCCUCCAGAAAUUGAAAGUUUUUACCCACCCAUUGAUGAACCAGCUAUUGGAAGUAAAAGUGUUGAUCUGUCAGGACGACAUGAAAGAAAACAGAUCUUCAAAGGGAAAACAUUUGUAUUUUUAAAUGCCAAACAGCAUAAAAAGCUCAGCUCCGCAGUUGCCUUCGGAGGUGGGGAAGCCAGGCUGAUGGCAGAGGAAGACGAAGAGGAACAGAGUUUCUUUUCAGCUCCCGGAACCUGCGUUGUUGAUGUAGGAAUAACAAAUACACAGCUCAUAAUUACAGACUCCCAGAAAAAAUGGAUUCAUUUGAUAAUGGAUAUACUUCAAAGGAAUGGUCUCAGAUCUAUUCCUGAAGCAGAGAUUGGAUUGGCUGUUAUUUUUAUGACUACAGAGAAUUACUGUAAUCCACAGGGCCAGCCUUGUACAGAAUUAAAGACAACGACUCCAGGACCAAGCCUUUCCCAAGGCCUGUCAGCCAAUGGAAAAAUAAUCCCAAGUGCUCCAAUGAAUAUGACCACAUACGUAGCUGACACAGAAUCAGAGCCAGCAGAUACAUGUAUGUCUUUGAGUGAAAGACCAAAAGAAGAAAAGAUCCCUGGACUGGAAAAAAACUCUAGGAAGCUUUCACAAGAAGCAUGGAAUAUAAAGGAGGCCCCUAAACCAAGCUCCAAAGCUAAUAGUGUAGCAUCAAAUACUCUGGUUAGGGGAAAGACCCCGAGCUAUCAGCUUUCUCCAAUGAAAUUUCCUGCUGCAAAUAAAAAUAAAGAUUGGACUUCUCAGCAGCAGCAGAACUCCAUCAAAAACUACUUCCAGCCAUACACCAGAAAAAGGGAAAGGGAUGAAGAAAAUUCAGAACUGUCCUCAUGCAAAUCGUCAAGAAUGGAACUGUCCUGUUCUCUUUUAGAACAAACACAACCUGCUGGACCCUCACUGUGGAAAAACAAGGAACAUCAGUCUCAGAAUGAGACUCUGGACAGGGAAGCCGAUGCCUCAUUUGUGAGUGGAAUAGACAUAAAACCCAAUGAGAAGAGUACUGACAGUAAAUCAUUUUCCAUAGAAAAUCUUAGACCAAAAAAAAGAAAAGAAAUUGAUUUGGCUAUAGAAGAGGAAGUAUUGGAAGAGUUACUCAAGAGUACAAAGCCAGAGCUGGCAGUUCAAGUGAAAGUUGAGAAGCAGGAGUCUGAUGUCACCGUCAGAAAAAAGCCAAGGACAGAUGCAGAGAGGAAUCGGCCCCCGAGUGCUGGAUCAAUGCCGGAAAGCAACAGUGUACUUCAAGAAGAUAAGACAGAAAAAAAGGAUGAGCUUCAGACAGAAUCAUGGUCAACAAAACAUGAAAUAGCUAUUAGUGAUGAACUUCCAAACAGCGGUGAGGAGCUUCCAAGAAAACUGCUGCUGACUGAGUUUAGGUCAUUAGUCGUCAGUAACCACACUUCCAGAAAUCUGUGUGUAAAUGAUUUUGGUCCACUGAAGAAUUUCAAGAAAUUCAAGAAGGCUACGUUUCCUGGAGCAGGAAAGCUUCCACACAUCAUUGGAGGAUCAGACUUAGUAGGUCACCAUGCUCGAAAGAAUACCGAAUUAGAGGAGUGGUUGAAACAUGAAAUGGAGGUACAGAAACAACAAGCAAAAGAAGAAUCUCUUGCUGAUGAUCUGUUUAGAUAUAAUCCUAAUGUAAAAAGAAGAUAAUUGAACCUUAUAAAGGAAGCUAUAGAAGUGCAUUUCUACUUCAGACCAACUGGGAUACCUGAAUGUAGUACAUAAAAAUUACAAAUGCUUUAAGGCUUCAGUUUGUUAAAUAAACCAAACAAACUCCA